AUGGCUGAGGGUCAAAAGCAAAGCUGCAGCGUGUGCCAACGAGCUUUUACCGAUUUCAAAUAUCUGUCAAGUCACAUGCGUACCCUACACAUGGGGGAGGGGCUCCACGAGUGCUCCACGUGCCAACGAGCCUCCAACGAUACCAGCAACCUCAAGAGACAAGCGCGACUCCACACCGAUGACCGGCCCCUCAAGAGCUCCACGAGCCAACGAGACUUCGACUCAUCGAGCAAUCUGAAAAAACACAUAAGCAUCCAUCAAGAUGGGCAACUCUACGAUUCCAGCGCCGUACGCCAUGGACAGCAAACUCUUGACCGGAGCAUCGAUCUUGCAAGCUCAAGUGGCUCGUCAUCCCAUUUUUGCUCUGUGGACUCGUCGAGCAGCCCGAUCCCCACCAGCGUGCCUCUGUAUCGUUGCGCCGAAUGUUCGCGUGCAUUCACCAGGAAUAGCGAUCUCACGAGACACGCGCGCAUCCACACGGGUGAGAAGCCCUUCCGUUGCACCUUGUGCCCCUGGAACUUCAGCGACAACGGUAGUCUCAAAAGACACAUGCGCAUCCACAGCGACGAGCGACCUCACAAGUGCCCCGAUUGCUCGAAAGCCUUUGCCCAGAGCAGAAACUUGGCCGUGCACAAGCGCGUCCACACCGGCGAGCGACCUUAUCGGUGCUCCAUGUGCUCGAAGAGCUUCACCCGAGCGAGCGACCUUUCGUACCACACUUACAUCCACACCGGCGAGCGACCUUAUCGGUGCUCCAUGUGCUCGAAGAGCUUCACCCGAGCGAGCAACCUUUCGUACCACACUUACAUCCACACCGGCGAGCGACCUUAUCGGUGCUCCAUGUGCUCGAAGAGCUUCACCCGAGCGAGCGACCUUUCGUACCACACUUACAUCCACACCGGCGAGCGACCCUACACUUGCUCGGUGUGCCAAAAGAGCUUCAUCCGAUACCGCAAUCUGAUGUCGCACAUGCACCGUCAAGCCAUUUUGGGGCUUCUUCGACAAAAAUAA